AUGGCGGCUGGCUUUUACGUCUGCAAAAGGAAUAAAGAAGUUGUUUCAGGAAGUGAAUUAAGAAAUUUUAGAGUUCAAUGUGAUACAGAAGUUGAAGUCAUGAAGAAUAUGUACGCAGGAAUGAUUAAGUAUCGCUUGGAGAAAGCUGGUCAACGAAGAAUAUUGUUCAAUCAAGUUGAAGAUAUUCUCUAUGAAAUUUUUUCGAGAUAUCUUCCUGCUACUUUUAUUCAUGGAAUGUUUUUCUAUUUUAGUAACUUUGAAUUGAGUAAAUUGGUGGAAAUUGAGUAA